AUGAGUGAAACAUCCAAUUCCAAACUUGCCUGUAUCUCGGAAAACGAUGUGACGUCAUUGCUUGCUUCUUUUUUGAUCACUCUGAUAUCCCGGUCACUUAAUUUCUGGCUUCUUCCGGUUCUUUUCCUGGCUUCCUAUUCUUCCGUGACAUCCCUAUCACUUAAUUUCUGGCUUCUUCCGGUUCUUUUCCUGGAUUCCUAUUCUUCCAUGACAUUCCUGUCACUUAAUUUCUGGCUUCUUCCGGUUUUUUUCCUGGCUUCGUAUUCUUCCGUGACAUCCCUAUCACUUAAUUUCUGGCUUCUUCCGGUUCUUUUCCUGGCUUCCUAUUCUUCCCUUCUUCCGGUUCUUUUCCUGGCUUACUAUUCUUCCGGGACAUCCCUAUCACUUAAUUUCUGGCUUCUUCCGGUUCUUUUCCUGCUUUCGUAUUCUUCCGUGACAUCCCUAUCACUUAAUUUCUGGCUCCUUCCGGUUCUUUUCCUGGCAUCCUAUUCUUCCGUGACAUCCCUAUCACUUAAUUUCUGGCUUUUUCCGGUUCUUUUCCUGGCUUCGUAUUCUUCCGUGACAUACAUAUCACUUAAUUUCUGGCUUCUUCCGGUUCUUUUCCUGGCUUCCUAUUCUUCCGUGACAUCCCUAUCACUUAAUUUCUGGCUUCUUCCGGUUCUUUUCCUGGCUUCGUAUUCUUCCGUGACAUCCCUAUCACUUAAUUUCUGGCUUCUUCCGGUUCUUUCCUGGCUUCGUAUUCUUCCGUGA